UACCUUUGUUUUAGAUGAACUUUAUAAAAUGAGGCACUUUAAUGCUGUUAAAUGAAGUUUUGGCGGCCCCUGCUGUUUAGUGGUGAACUGCAGUUACGCUACGUUUGGUCUUUCUGAGCCACCGUACCUCAGCAGCGGUCUGUGUGUUCCUGUGCUGCGGCUCGGUGUUAACUGCAGUAGUCACUCCAGUAAAACGGAAGUAAGAAAAGUACAUAUUGUCAUCCAGCCUUCACCACCCUCUGCAGAGCAUUCCUGUCUGCAGCAGAGCAGCUUCCAUGCCACACAUUGAUGCUGGAGCACACGACGCUCUCCACCACACAUCUAUAGAAGGAGGUGAGGACUACGCUCCCGAGUCCAGCUCGUCUCAGCCUCCUGAGGAAGUAGAGCCGCUGAUGUGCCUUUCUGAUAUGCACACCCAAGUACCUGUAACUGUCGACAACUUCCACCGCAGAUCCUCCAAUGUGCAGGGGGAGUUGGGCAUGCUGGCCCCUUCUGAAGUCCACAAUAAUCUCCUUCGUCUUCUUUACGUUGAUGCAGAGGUUGUUUUUUCUGCACCAAUGCUCCAGGUGUUCCACCUCCUGCCUGUAGCUGGACUCCUCUCUGUUCGUGAUGCAUCCAACCACUGCCGUGUCGUCCGCAAACUUCACAAUAUGACAGCCUGGAUGGAGAGAAAUUAAAAUAUUCCAGGGAUUUCCAGGAAUUUCUCCUAAAAUUCAUCACCACAACAAAAAGGAUAUUUAACUAAGAGCAAUGUUAAACUGCUGAAAGAGGUGAAGCACAAGACAUCCUGAAGAAUCUCCAGAACACGCAGAAAUUGUUUGAUACGUUUAACAGAUAAACAAAGCAAAGUCCCGACAUGGAGAAACAUCACCAGCGCAUUCACACAGGAGAGAAACCGUAUUACUGCUCAGACUGCGGGAAGAGUUUUAUUACACAGAGUCAACUCAAAAUUCACCAACGCAUUCACACAAAAGAGAAACCGUAUUACUGCUCUGACUGUGGGAAGAGUUUUAAUCAAGAGGGUCAUCUCAAACGACACCAGCGAAUUCACACAGGAGAGAAACCAUAUUGCUGCUUAGACUGUGGAAAGACUUUUACUGAAAAGAGUGCUCUCAAAAAACACCAGCGCAUUCACACAGGAGAGAAACCGUAUCACUGCUCAGACUGUGGGAAGAGUUUUAAUCGACAGAGUAAUCUCAAAAAACACCAGCGCAUUCACACAGGAGAGAAACCGUAUCACUGCUCAGACUGUGGCAAGAGUUUUACUAAACAGAGUAAACUCAAAAUACACCAGCGCAUUCACACAGGAGAGAAACCGUAUUACUGCUCAGACUGUGGCAAGAGUUUUAAUCUACAGAGUAGUCUCAAAAUACACCAGCGCAUUCACACAGGAGAGAAACCGUAUUACUGCUCAGACUGCGGGAAGAGUUUUAUUACACAGAGUCAACUCAAAAUUCACCAACGAAUUCACACAGGAGAGAAACCGUAUCACUGCUCAGACUGUGGGAAGAGUUUUAAUCGACAGAGUAAUCUCAAAAAACACCAGCGCAUUCACACAGGAGAGAAACCGUAUCACUGCUCAGACUGCGGGAAGAGUUUUAUUACACAGAGUCAACUCAAAAUUCACCAACGAAUUCACACAGGAGAGAAACCGUAUCACUGCUCAGACUGUGGGAAGAGUUUUAAUCAACUGAAUUAUCUUAAAAAUCACCAGCGCAUUCACACAGGAGAGAUAACUAUCUCAGAUGUUCCACUGCAAUAAAAAGUGCAAAUUCUAAAUCGUUGACAGCCAAAGCACCUUAUUCCACCCAGAAUCUUCACUCUGUCACUUCACUCUGUCACUCUGACACAUUCCACCAGAAACAAUCAUGAACUGAAUUUAACAAUGCCUUUGACAGGUUCAGCAAAAUGAAUCUUAUCUGGGGAUGUUGUUUAAUGUAUUCCAUGCUAUGUUUUUCCCAGACAUGUGUAUGUAUAAAGACAUGUAAAAAAAACCUAGAAACUCAGACUUAAGUAAAAGUACAAGUAUAUUUAUUUGAUUAGAAUUUGAAGUGUUAUUUAAGCUUCAUACUUGUACUUGUGUUGCAAGUAGUUUUUCUACAUAUUUGAAUCUAGUACUGAAAGCAAAUUACAACUAAUGUGUUAUGUAGAUAUUAUGGAAAGAACUCAAAAGUUUGAAUAUCAUCUUGUUUAUAUUAUUUCUAAUGUUUAUGUUUACUAAUACUAAUGUCUAAUGCUAGUUUACAGUAACAUCCUUUCUAGGACACUUCACUAAUUUACAGGUUCUACAUUAGCCUUUAGAACUAAUAAUAUUUUACAUUUAAAGAGUGUGGAUUUAAUAGUUCCAGGACAUUUGUAGUUUAAAAAUUUAGUAUGCUUUGCCAUAAGGAGGAAUGAAUAAUUUGGUAAAUGUAUAUUUCAUUCCCAGCCUUAACAGAUACUUAUUUGUUUAAAUGUAAACCUUUUCAUUUUAUUUUCUCCAAUUCUGUUCAUUUAUUUACCUUGCAAAUGUGUAUUGUGUCACUCUGUUUAAUGUUGUUCAAAAGGAGUCUUUGUUUUUGUUUGUUAAAAUAUAAAAUGUAGUUUUUUUUUUUACCUUCCUGGAAUUAUGUGUUUUGUUUUGAUUAAUCAAAUUUAAUCAUUAAGUGUUUUUUCUUAGAACAUAUGGUAGAUUUCUGAUGCUGUAAUCCACAAAGUUGAUCAAAGUUGGAUACCUUUCCUUUGGGACAAGCAGUUAGCCAGGUCAAAUUUUAAAUUACUAAUGAACCAAUAAAAGUACAUUCAUGUA